AUGGAGGGCCAGACGUUUGUUGUUGGUCAAGAGUUCCCUGAUGUCAAGGCCUUCAGGAAUGCAAUUAAAGAAGCUGCAAUUGCUCAACACUUCGAGCUUCGUAUCAUAAAAAGUGACCUUAUCCGCUACUUUGCGAAGUGUGCAACAGAUGGAUGUCCAUGGCGCAUCCGUGCUGUGAAGCUUCCUAAUGCCCCAACCUUUACAAUAAGAAGCCUUGAGGGGACACACACUUGUGGUAGAAAUGCACACAAUGGGCACCACCAGGCUUCCGUUGAUUGGAUUGUCAGUUUUAUAGAAGAACGUCUGCGGGAUAACAUUAAUUACAAACCAAAGGAUAUAUUGCAUGAUAUCCAUAAGCAAUAUGGGAUAACUAUACCGUAUAAGCAAGCUUGGCGUGCUAAGGAACGAGGACUUGCUGCGAUUUAUGGCUCUUCUGAGGAAGGAUAUUGCCUUCUUCCGUCAUAUUGUGAGCAAAUAAAGAAGACCAACCCUGGAAGCAUUGCAGAGGUGUUUACCACUGGUGUGGAUCAUCGGUUCCAGCGGUUGUUUGUGUCCUUUUAUGCGUCCAUUUGUGGUUUUUUGAAUGGUUGCUUGCCCAUCAUUGGGCUCGGUGGAAUCCAGCUUAAAAGCAAAUAUCUUGGUACCUUACUCUCUGCAACUUCUUUUGAUGCUGAUGGUGGGUUAUUUCCGCUAGCAUUUGGUGUUGUUGAUGUAGAAACUGAUGAGAGCUGGAUGUGGUUCUUGUCAGAGUUGCAUAAGGCGCUGCAGAUGAACACUGAGAAUAUGCCGGAGCUCACAUUUUUAUCUGAUGGGCACAAGGGCAUUGCAGAUGCAGUAAGAAGAAAAUUCCCCAAUUCAUUACAUGCUUUUUGCAUGCGCCACUUGAGUGAAAGUAUUGGAAAAGAGUUUAAGAACUCUAGACUUGUUCAUCUUCUAUGGAAUGCUGCAUAUGCCACUACCAUGUUUGGCUUUAAAGAAAAAAUGGCUGAAAUAGAGGAGGUAUCUCCGGAGGCUGCAAAAUGGCUACAACAAUUCCAUCCUUCCCUCUGGGCAUUAGUGUAUUUUGAAGGAACACGUUAUGGUCAUCUCUCAUCAAAUAUUGAGGAGUUCAAUACGUGGAUUCUCGAAGCUCGUGAGCUGCCCAUAAUCCAGGUGAUUGCGACGAUUCAUAUUAGAUUGAUGGCUGAGUUUGAAGAACGGCGUUUUAAGAGUAAUUCUUGGUUUUCUGUACUUGCUCCAUCCGCUGAGAAGCAUAUUUUAGAAGCCAUCGGCCAUGCAUCCACAUAUCAGGUCCUUCGUUCUGAUCAAGUAGAAUUUGAGGUUCUCUCAGCUGACCGAUCAGACAUUGUGAAUAUUGGUACCCGUUGUUGUUCCUGCCGUGAUUGGCAGCUAUAUGGGAUACCAUGUUCCCAUGCUGUGGCUGCCUUCAUCUCCUGUCGAAAAGAUGUAUACGCCUUUACAGAGAAAUGUUUUACUGUUGCAAGUUACCGUGAGGCAUAUGCUGAACAGAUAUACCCUAUCCCUGGAAAAGUUGAAUGGAGAAAGGCAGAUGAGGCUUGUGUGGAUGAUGAUACUCGAGUUGUGCGACCUCCUAAGUUUCGUAGACCACCAGGACGCCCAGAAAAGAAACGAAUUUGUGUAGAGGACCUGAAUCGUGAGAAACAUACUGUGCAUUGUAGUCGGUGUAACCAAACUGGACAUUACAAGACAACUUGCAAAGCAGAGACUUGCAAAGCAGAGAUUAUGGAUAGUAUCGAACAGUUCUAG